CUCACUAAGACAUAAGAUUAGCAGUAGCACAAUACAGGAGCACACGGAAUGGAUGGACUGUGUUGUUUCAAGUUCUGUUUUUUUAUCAUUGGGCUACUAACCAUUGAAGCAUCUCUUGCUCAUGGUCAGACGUCAAACUGCCCGGGACAUGUGUCAAAAAGCAGACCCCCGCCUGGUAAUCAAGUGAGCUGUGUGUGGGGAGGCCAGUGGUUCUACAUCAGGGUUGGUGGUACGAGUACAUUUUGGGGAAGAGGAACAGAUGCCGUGUGUCUCUCAACGUACGAGAGGAAGAAGAUCUACACAGGUAGAAUACACGGGAUAUACUCAGGAGGAGAAGAGUGUUUCAUCAGAUGGACGCUUUCUUCUUGUGAGCGUUUACUUAGGUCCAAAUGUCCAGUUGUAAAAGGCACAUGGAGUAGUUGGGGUGAUUGGCAAGAGAAUGGAGACUAUUAUGAUUGCAAGGCUACUUGUGGAUCGGGGGAAAUACGUCGAACUCGAACCUGUGAGAAUGGAGUAGAUUGUGACGGGGACAGUGUUGAGGUGGAAAUGUGUGACAAAAAGUGUCCCACUACAACCACACCAAUUUCGAACACAACGGACGGAGCACGAUGGACCAAUUGGGAAAAUUGGGGAUCGUGUAGCGAGAUAUGUGGAAAAGAAGGCUAUCAAACUCGCUCCCGGGAAUGUAUUGAAGGCCCCUGCAUUGGACAACUCGAGAAAGGAGGGAGGACCUGUACUAACAAAUGUAGCAACAACAGUAUGCAUAUCGUGGAUUCGGAGGAUUGGAAGUUCGUGGAAGAUUGUGAAGAUACACACAACAAGUUUCGUCACUACCAUCUCUCCACAAGGGUUGAAUGGAACGUUGUUCUUAGUGAACGUGCUCGGGCUCAAGCUGAAUCCAUUGCCCUUGAUUUAACAGACCGGCGAGAAAUGUUAGGAGAAAAUGUGUUCACAAUGGUUUCACCCUACAGUAUGCCCAGACGUUCCUUUUGCGACGAGGCAGUUCAAGAUUGGUACAGUGAGGCUAGGCGCUUUAACUAUGACUACAACAUAAACAACAAGUUCUCUCCUCGAACGAAACAUUUUACGCAGGUUGUGUGGAAUUCUACCACAGAUAUAGGAUGUGGUCAAGUGGCAUUGACUGAAGGACCAACGUACAAGGUUAUUGUAGUCUGUCAGUAUUAUCCCCCUGGAAAUGCCAGGGGUCAAUUCAAAUCAAAUGUAUCUCCGGCCAAAGCAAGACGGAAGUUUGAGAGAAGGUUUGCCUUUUGGGCCUAUUAUCCUUCUAAGGCGAUCAAACAUUUCUUUAUUACACCUGUACAAGGCCAAACCUGGCGACGCUGUGAAGAAGAAUGCCAAAAGAUAGCUAAUUGCCAUGGCUACUCCUGGCAAAACUUAGAAUGCUAUCUCUGGCCACGUGGCACCAGAUUUAGAUUCACUAAGAAAACUGAACCGUGGAACACUGGUAUCUUUAUACAGCCAACAGUGACAUUAAAGUUGGAAAGACGUUUUUUCACUCGUUCUAGUUCCGACAAGCUGGCUCAUAUAGCAUCUGGUUAUGGAAGAGAAUUCGUUGAGUUUGUGAAACAAAGAUUUGGCAUUGAUAUAAGCGCCCUAACGGAUGAGCAGUUGUAUCAGGGUCAGCCCGUAGACUUUGGAGACUACCUAUUCUCCGGGUUUGUUUUUGAUGAUAAGCUAAGAGCAGUGACGGAAAUAACGCAUGGUCUCCGUAAAGUGACGUUUUACAAUGACACACACAACAAAGAGAUCGGGUUCACUGUAAAUGCUAGAAAGGAUAUUGUAUCAAGAGGGCAAUGGACGGGUACUAUUCGGAAAAACUCAUUUGUAUACACGGGAAGUAUACUUCUCCCAAAAUGUGAAUGUGAAAAUACAGAGUCUGACGUCAUAGAAGGCAGUACAACAUAUCCGUGGCAUGUUGAUGCGAAUGGAAUUGCGUCAUUUGAGUAUGCCAUAUACUCUGAUAAAUAUGGACACGGGGUACUGCAUGGGGUAGAAAUACAUUCUCAAGCAGCGCAUGUGGAAUUAAUGACUAUGAAAUUUUUCUGA